UUCCCCUCUCCGAUCCUUUUCCGAGUCCAAAAAAAGGAGUCCGUAUGGGUAAGAAGCUACACUUGACGUCCCUCUUCUAUAGGAUGGCAGGAAGUAGGCCUUCCUCUUCUCCUCCUCCUUCAUGGCCGUGGCCUUCCUGCAAGCACCCGAAGACCCACUCCUUCAGGAAGGAAGGUGAAGUCUACGUCGACUUCAUAUCAGCUCCAGCACCGGAGAGCUUCUCCACGGUGUUGGAGGCUUCAGCCAGCGAUGCGAUCGAGGCGAUGAUUCAUGGACUAAGGUCCGACCGGCUUUUCUUCGAGCCGGCGGGCGCAACCAGCUCGAUAGUGGAGGCCGAGACGCGCAAUGCCGGGAGUACUACUACUCCGUUGGAGGGCAGCAUAGCCAUGGCAGUGGAUUCAAUAGACCCUUAUCUGGACUUUAAGCUGUCCAUGAAGGAGAUGGUGGUGGCUCACGGGGUGAUGGACUGGGAGUGGCUUGAGGAGAUGCUGGUUUGGUACUUGAACAUGAACGGGAAGAGGAUCCAUUGUGUCAUCGUUGGUGCCUUCGUGGAUUUGCUUCUGAGUCUUGCUUCUUCGUCGCCUCCUCCUCCUCAUUCCUCUUCUCCCUCUUCCAUCUUUGAGAUGGAGGAUGAGGAUGUCUCAUGCUAAAUAGAAAACAGUGCUAUGUUCUUGUUCAUAGUAAACACUGACUGCUGCAUUAUGUCAUGUCAUGCACAUGAACGAAGCGUGGCAUAGAACUACUAUGAAAUGAUAGUGAGUUGGUCUUAGUAGUGAUCUUUUCUGAUAGCAGUGUCUGCAGUUGGUGUAAUGAGGAUAUGCAUUUAAUAUGUAAUCAACGUGUUCUUGGUCAA